UGUUCGUGCUCUUCGUGUCGUUCUGGGCCGUGAAGAAGGUGAUUUUCUUGGAUAAUUGGAAGACAGGGUAUGGCAUUCACGGCUACAUGCCUACGAGCUGGCAGUGAUUGUGAUGAAUGUGUGUGGUUCUCUGGCUUUAGCUAUGGAAGAACAGGCCAAAGUUGUGGGAGCAGCCUUCGUCGACCACUACUACCACCUCUUCGACCACGACCGGACCGCCCUCAUCUCGCUCUAUCAUCCGACGUCUAUGCUCACGUUCGAGGGGCAGAGGAUUCAAGGGGCCGAUCACAUCUCAGCUAAGAUCAACCAGCUGCCGUUUGAUCAAUGCCACCAUGUCAUCAGCACCGUUGAUUGCCAGCCUUCGGCCUUUGCCGGUGGCGUCGUUGUCUUUGUCAGCGGUAGCCUCCAGCUGGAGGGGGAGGAGCACCCCUUGAGGUUUAGCCAGUGCAGAUGUUUCAGCUGAUUCCGACGGGGGAAGGGAGCUAUUUCGUGCAGAACGACAUGUUUCGCCUAAACUAUGGUUGAUUUUUUCUGAUUGAUGCACUUUCGAGUUGUUAUUCGUCUUUUAUUCAUUCGAAUAUUUUAGCCCGUCCUUUGUUAUUUUAGAGUGUGGUUUUAGUGAAUUUUUUUUUUCAUAAAA